AUGGAAGCACCGCGUGUCAGCCACCCCCGGGCCAUGCGCCAGAAGGACAAGAAGGCCAUUAAGAAGAAGAAGGCAAAAAUGGAUUCAUCCAUCAAGACGCUGCGGGCCGAGGUUGAUCGGCUCGAGAAGGCCGCCGCGGCCGAACAAGCGGAAGCUGCGCGCAAGCGCAGCAAGGCCCAGGAGCUCCUAAAGGCCAUCAAGGAGAAGGAGGAGGAGAACGAGAAGGAGGAAAAGGAGAAGGAGAACAAGGAGGACAAGGAGGCGAAGAAGGGCAAGGCCAAGACUUGUGCCUUGGUUGUCAGAGCAAAGGAAAACGAGAUGGAAAUGGAAUAA